AUGGAUCUAGGAACUUCUUAUGGUCGUGUGGGUCGAGAACACCACGAUACUAAGACUGGGAGUGGUGAUUCAGGUACGGACCAUGAGUAUAGAUGUCUAUUCCCACCAGACGACUGUCCUCGUGAUAGCUGCCCAAUCCAUGGAGAACCCUCCGAGGCGCAAAAAUCGAUUAGGAUGGCUAGACAAGUUAGUCGUUACGACCCGACUAACCCCCGAGAGCUAUGUGAGCCAGGAAGUUUCCACCUGCGUUUACGCCGAAAGAAGCUCAUUUCACUUCUACAAAAAGGGUCUGCUGAAGAGACACAGGAAGCCACCUAUGCUGCUGAUUUCACAAGCCCUCAGACACACAGGAUGGACGGGACCAAUACCGAGACGGUUCUGCCGGCAACUAUUGGUGGAAGUGACGACUCUGAACCUUGGUAUACACCUGAAUUCUUAUCGAAUUCUUCGGGGUGCCCUCAAGACACUGAAGAGAUUGAACUUCCAUGCAGGGACCUUUGGAAACCGGCGAAGCAAUACGUACUUGGAUCAAGUAAUGGGAGCCGGAAGACAAGCAUUCCCGACAAUAAUGAUUAUGUCGACCGAGUCUUUGCCAACGAGGCUAAGCGUCUCGAGGCAAUACGUUCCCACAGUACAAAUAACUCACAAUCCCAAGGCAGCAUGCCUCUCAUGUUCCAAUAUGGCAUCCGCUAUGCUCCAGACCCAUACCCGGCACCUGCCCCAGUAUCACGAACCAUCAUGAUCACCGGAUUUCCCCCAGCUACACCUCUUAGCGAUAUCAUGGCGCGAAUCCGUGGAGGACAAGUACUUUCCGUCACAGCAGCUAUGAGUCCUGAUCCCGUCGGACCAACUGUGAUCGUUGAGUUCAAAGAAACCUUCGCAGCUUGGGCGUACGUCCACUAUGUAGAAAGGGAGAUGCCGUUUGCAUUUUCUGGCGGCUUCAAGGUCACAUUGGUAAGCUCGCAUAGCUAUCCUAAGAAACCUGAAUUGCAGCGUGACCUGUCCAAUGGAUUUACGCGGCUGGUGGUGUUUCUUAAUUUCGCAGUGGAUCGCUCCUUUGAAUUCCUUGAUGACCUUGAGGAUAUGCUUGGAAACCCGGAGGAUAUCCUGGAAGAUUCGUGGAUCCAAAAGGGGGCUUUGUUCAUCCUCUUCAAGAGUGUGGCCACGGCCAGUAAAUAUUACAAGACGGUUGUAUGCAACCAGGAAACACUCGAGCCGGGCUCUUUCGACAGCGACCUACAUCGAUUUGCCCCGGAUCCCUGCAACAGACCGCUGUGCGACUUGCGACGACCUUUCCGACCGGCAAGGUACCCAUAUGAAAGCUUGCUGGAUCAAUGGGCAGAAAGAAACUUCCAGGCAGCUACCUCUACCGUCCAUAGCGAUAGUGCCUAUCAGCCACAUGCACCUACUCACGACUAUGAAGAGUAUGAGGACGAGGGGGUUUUGAGUCAAGCCGAGGAGAAGCAAGAGAUGACUCAGCCUGUUGUGAAUCUACUUGACUCCCCUAUCCACGAAAUCAGCCGCGAGAAAUUCCCUGUCAUAACGGAAUCUCCGACAGAAGCGCCCCAGGAACAAUACCCGCUUAUAGACCUCUCCAUAGACGAAGAUAAAGACGAGAAAAUGAUACCGAAACAUACGCUGCCGCAAACCGACCUAGCCUACCACGAAUUGCUGCACCGUGACAGCUCCGAUCUCGUCAGCCUGUCUGAGGCCAAUGCCAUCUAUCACACUCAGCCCUUCCGAACUAUUCCCAAGGCAGAAUGGCGUGCUCGAUAUUCCGGAAUAUUUCAGUCUUAG